CUCCCGGUGCUCUAGAUAAAGCACCCCGAUUGAGAACGGCCGCUAUCGAGCGACCUCCGGAGGGCCCCGGCGGUUUGGGGGCGCCGUGUGCUCCGAGCCACCUGGUCUUCCCGUCUAUUUGCAUAACCGAGACGACUCACUCCCACCGCCCCCCCCCCCGCCCCUGCGCCCGCGCUCUUUCCCCUCCUUUCCCGGUCCCCUCAUCCCGAGCCCGGCUCCCCCCGACCGCAGACCCUCCUUCCGGGACUCCCGCUGGCCGGCGGCCGCCGGGCGCGCAGUCGGGAGGGACCCGCGGGCGGGAGUCUGGGCCGGGCCGGCCGGGCUGGGGAGGACGCCCGGGGCACUGCCCGGCGCUAACAAAGGGAACCCGCUGCCCCGGCUCCGGCGCGCGGCGGGCGGAGCAGACGCGGCGUCGGCGGCCGAGGAGGCAGACUCUGCCAUUAUUUCAACGUGGCGUUUCUUCAAAGGACAGUUCUGCUUGCCACCGAGGACCGUCCCUUUCAGUUGCCUCAUGUACCAAGAGUCCAGCCACAAACCUUAAAAGGAAGUUAAAAAAAAUGGCUGGGUAGAAGCUCUGCAGUGAGCUGCGAAGGCAGCUGCCCAAGCAGAAGCAGUCCCUGAGCCCGGCUGAAACGAACUGGCCUCCCCGAGCCUGCUCAAGCCUUACGGCUGGGUCUCUCUGUCCCAGCACGGAGAUGGUGUUUAAUCAUCCGCAGACAAAUGAGCCUUGGCCUCCAGACCCAAUAAAACCAACAUCCUUUCUCCUGGAGAAUAGGGCCACUUCCUGAAGUCCUGGAGGACCUGAAGCCAGAAGCAGGCGUGUCUUCCUGCUCAGAACAGUGUCUCUCUCGAACACGUCAUUCAUUAUGAUUCACACCAACGUGAAGAAAAAGUUCAGCUGCAUUGUACUGGUCUGUCUCUUAUUUGCGAUCAUCUGUGUGUGGAAGGAGAAGAAGAAAGGGGGUGACGAUGAGUCCCUUCAUUUGAACUCCAAGGGAUUCCGGAUCUUGGAGGAUCUGAAGAAGCUGACCGUGGGGUCUAUUUCCCAAUCUGCAUCUUCAGGCAGCAUUCAAGACCCGCUCAGGGAAAACCAAGACCUCAGCAGGCUCAGGGGGUCAUCAAAUGCCAAGAUACAGACCUCCCACCUGGUGUGGAACAAGGACAGUUCUUCCAGAAACCUCGUCCCUCGGCUGCAGAAGAUCUGGAAGAAUUACAUGAAAAUGAAUAAGUACAAAGUGUCCUACAAGGGGCCUGGGCCAGGUGUCAAGUUCAGUGCCGAAGCCCUGAGCUGCCACCUUCGGAACCGAGUGAACGUUUCCAUGGUAGAACCCUCAGAUUUUCCCUUCAACACCUCUGAAUGGGAGGGUUACCUCCCCAAGGAGAACAUUAGGACCAAGACUGGGCUCUGGGGCCGGUGUGCUGUUGUUUCAUCAGCAGGAUCUCUGAAGUCCUCCCAGCUGGGCCAAGAAAUAGACGAUCAUGAUGCUGUCCUGAGGUUUAAUGCAGCACCCACGGUCAACUUCCAGCGUGAUGUGGGAUCGAAAACCACCAUUCGCCUGAUGAACUCUCAGUUGGUCACCACAGAGCGGCGCUUCCUCAAGGACAGUCUGUACAAUGAAGGAAUCCUGGUUGUGUGGGACCCCUCUGUGUACCACUCAGAUAUCCCAAAGUGGUACAAGAAUCCCGACUAUGGCUUCUUUGAGAACUACAAGAGCUACAGGAAGCUGCAUCCCAAUCAGCCCUUUUAUAUCCUCAAGCCCCAGAUGCCUUGGGAGCUGUGGGACAUCCUUCAGGAAAUGGCCCCUGAAGAGAUUCAACCCAACCCACCCUCCUCCGGCAUGCUUGGUAUCAUCCUCAUGAUGACGCUGUGUGACCAAGUGGAUAUUUACGAGUUCCUCCCAUCCAAGCGCAAGACGGACGUGUGCUACUACUACCAGAAGUUCUUCGACAGCGCCUGCACCAUGGGCGCCUACCACCCGCUCCUCUAUGAGAAGAACCUGGUGAAGUUCCUUAACCUGGGCACCGACGAGGACAUUUACCUGCUUGGAAAAGCCACACUGCCCGGCUUCCGGAGUAUUCGCUGCUGAAGGCGGCCUCCUAGGCUAGGAAUCUUCUCACUGCCCCGUGGGGCAUUUGACAGCUGUUCUCUUGGCCACCCUGGGCCUGGGACAACCCGGCUCCUAGACAGUCCCAGUGUGCAUCUUGUGCUCUAGGCCUCAUCGGUCUGCAGCCACCGGCUGUAUAAGCUCCAAAUCCCCAGCACACAGCUACACCCACUACACUGCUCGUCCGCAGGCACGGUCCUUCCUUCCAUGUAAACGGAUGCAAGAUCUACCUUUCUCGUCAGGGCUGCCAGUGCGGGGCUGUUUCCCCAAUGAUCUUAUCCUUGCCAUCCCGUGCUCUGCAGUGCUUGAAAUCCAGGAGAGACGGGUUCCGCUUCUUCAAGACAUGCUCCCAAGCUGUGAUUUUUAUGUGUGGGGGCCAGUAAUGGGCACAGAAGGUAGGAAAUGUCUCGUUUCUCCAGAACGAAGUUGUCUUCUGAGUCCAUGCUUCUGGCAGAGGCAGCGUUGCAGUCACUGGCUGAUUUGGCAGGUCCUCAGCCCAGGUGCUGAUGAGGGAAGGCUCAAGGCCCCCCAUCCCCAGGGACGUGAGGUACAGAAAGUUCCAUCUCCAUCCACAGGAGGCUAAGAAUGGAGAGAGAGAGAGAGAUGAGCAGGGCAGCUCCAGUGUACGCCUUGCCCAGAAGCCUGCAGAGAGCAAAUAUCAUGAAGUCCUCGAACCUUCCCACUGAUGACAAACAUUACUGGCUCUAUUUGGAGCCGAGACAUUAACCUCAGAGCAUCUGAAACAUGCCUAGAUAGCCAGAUAUGUGUUUUGUUUUCUGCCUCUCUCCUACCCCAUUUUUUUUUCUUUUAUGGGUCACCCCUGGCAGUGCUUGAGGCUGCUCCCGAUUCUGUGGUCAGGGGUGGCUUCCGGUGGUGUGCAGGGUGUCAAACCCAGACCUCCUGCAUGCAGAGCACAUUCUCAGCCUGUUGAGUUGUCUUUCUGGCCCUCUUUCAGCCUCUCUUAUCCAAACUUCCUCUCUCACCGAUCUCAAUUCACAGGCUUCCAUUUUUUGGGGGGUACACCCCAGACCCACAUCUGAGCAGCACAUGCAGCCCCACUGCAGGUGCCAGGAAAGCCAACACCCUGACUUUCCCAAGCCUGGCAUGGCCCGACCCUGUCAUGCCUGUGAGGCAUCCUUCUGCCUGGUUCCAACUCUUUUGAAUGGCUGGCCCCUGUCGCCAUCUGCCUCCCUCCCCUGUCACGCCCUAAAGACUGUCCUCGCAUCUCCUCCUCACGGCUUUCAGCACUUCCCACUCUCGAGGUCCCCUGACCUAAUUCUCUCUCAGCACUUCCCACUCUCAAGGUCCCCUGACCUAAUUCUCUCGAUCUUCCCAGGCCUUCUGUGGAAGGCGUCUCAGGGAGUGGGGACGUGUCUCCCUAGAGCUUGAAGUGUCUCUCAGAGGACAGAACCUCGGAGCCCCGAUUGAUUCUCACAGCAGGACGCCCUCCACCUCCUUCAGCAAAUGGCAACAUCAGAGUCUUGAAGCAGAGCCCCGCCCGCUGGACCUGCUCCCUGGAUGCUUCAAAUCGCCUCCCCGAGUGGAGGACCCCACUGGACCGAUCCAGCCCCUGUGUAGCCUGGCACAGGGUCACAGAGCAAUACGGUAGCGCUGGGUUUCUGAACUCUUGGGAGCUGCUCCUGUGGACUCAAAGCCUCAGGUACGAGCUCUCCACCCGCUCCCCCAGGAGCAGGACCGUUCAUCUCUGGCCAACACUCAAAGAACUUCUAAAGGCACAGCACAGCCCCGGGGUGUCAGAUCUCUGCUUCCCUGUUGGCUAGCUGUGCCUGCAUGGGAAGAUUCUCCUCUCUGAUCCUCUGUUUCCACAUCUGUAAAAUGGGGAGUGAUGAGCCUGCCGUGGGCUGGCUGUCAUGAGGGAUGCAUGCAACCCUGUCCUGGAUCAAUAACUGGCAUGCAGGAGAUUUGCAACCACGGCGGGUUUCCUUCCUUUAUGACUGGCCUACUCCUGUGGCCAGACCCAAGCAGCAUCUUGCUCUGAGGGACGCCAGAGCAUAGGGCCGUGUCCUUGUAGAGUUCAACGUCCUGUCAGGAGAGAACUUGGCUUAGAACAUCGUGGACACCAACAAAAGCAGUGGAGUUGCAGAAACAAGCCCGGAUCCUUCCCUGCCUGUAGCUUAGACUGAACUCUGCUUGGGAACGGGCAGGGCGCAGGGAUCCCUCCCUGCCAGGUGGUACAAGUCAUUUUCACCUUUCUAUUCCCCUGAGUUCCUGGCUUGUGUGACAUUGCACACACUCAUUGCAGUUUUGGAAUCGAGAGGACGUAGAAGAUGGCCAUCCAUCAGCAAGAGGGGCAUGUGGAGGUGGACACCAGGUUAACACUGGGUAGAUGCUAGCUUUUAAUCAUUAGAGAAGGGAUCAAAUUAAUUUAAGUACAUUUCUGAUGUCUACCGAACUCUUAAUUCUGUGCUUUAUAUGUACGGACUGUCUGGGAACAUGCAAAUAAGAUAUAGGUAUUAGGUGACAUAAUUUAAAAAUCAUGACUGAGUGCUGCACUCGGGUCCCUCUCUCUUUGGCCCUGUCUUCAGUAGUCAUUCAUGCUGUGUCAUGGAUUCCUCAAAAUGUGCCACCAAUCAAGUACGCUGUUUUGAGUAUGGUUUGGAGUUGAGAUAUCCACCUCAGAAAUUUCCAAAGGUUAUAUAACAUUUUAAAAUAAAUGUUUUUUUU